AACCAACUGAUGCACGAUGAUUGCCACACUUCUUUAUUUCGUCCUCUUCAGGUCUGCUGUUGUCGAAGGGGCACUGAGUCCCUGGGCUGAGGGCAGUGCCUCCGGUGGAGAAUGUAUCUGUGAGGCUUUCCUUCCCAACAGCACAUUUCCAAUCAGAGAGCUCAUCUCGCUGGAGAGCACAGCAGUUGAGAUCAACUACAAACUGGAGAUGGAGAUUAGCAAGGUGGAGAUUUAUGAGGUUAAACUAAAGGUCUAUGUAGCAAAAAUAAUGAACCUGACAGUGCUGAUCGAGCAGAUGGAGGAUGACCCCGACUCCUACAGUGAGCUCCACAUAGAGGAGGUGAAAAUCAAGAUCAAGCAGGUGGAGGCUCUAAUUGUGGAGCUGCAGGCCUCUAUACAAACCACCUCUCCUGUGCUCAUAUCCAUACGCAAACAGAUCAGUGUUAUGAUUGCUGUACUGACUCAGCUGGAGAUCACCUAUGAUAAGAACCAAGUUCUUGUGACACGUCGAGAAUAUAUCAUUCUUCAGCAGAAACUAGAAGAGUGCGAGAGACGCCAUAAUGAAAUCUUUAACCCCGACAUUGGCAUCUGCAAUCAUGGUGGAAUAAGAAGAAUCAGCAAACCCAUCAUCAGCCAGCUGAAUGCAGAUCUGAGUGCAGGUUAUAAGUAUGGAGGAUGGGGCAAAGACUCAAAGCCCCUGCCUGGUUCUGAAAACAUGUACUGGUACUCUGGCUCUACUGACACUCUGGUCAGCAGAAUCACACAGUACUCUGACUACUACAAACUGAUCACGAGACAGGGCUAUAAGACACAUCAGCUUUAUGUCCAAUAUAAUUAUGAUUGGCGAGGCACUGGAAACAACUACAUCGUGUGGGAAAACACCCUGUACUAUCAGUUCAGAAGCCCUUUUGCUAUGGGAAAGCUCAACAUGACCAGUGUAAAAGUUGAGUAUAAGGUGAUUCCUAUGGCCAGUGCCCAAUUCUCAUAUCAUUACUCAGCCAACCAGAACCUGGACUUUGCAGCCGAUGAGUCCGGCCUGUGGGUAACCUACGCCACGGAGGGAUCGAAGGGUAAACUGGUUUUAGGGAAGAUCAAUGAAGUUUCAUUUGAAGUAGAGGAGGUUUGGCAGACCAGUAUAUUCAAACCAUCUGUAGGAAACACUUUCAUGAUAUGUGGGGUUCUGUAUGCCACAAGGUCUGUAGACACUAAAACUGAGGAGAUAUUUUACACCUUUGACACUCGCACCGAACAGGAGAGCUAUGUUAGUAUUCCCUUUGAGAAGUUCCAGGACUCUUAUGUUUACUUGGACUACAACCCCACCGAUCAGAAGCUCUACAUGUUCAACAAUGGUUAUUACACCAGUUAUCAUGUUUGGUUCAACUAUGAGGGCUCUAGAGAUAAGCUCUUGAUUGACGAGUAACCCGAGAAUUAUUAAUGCAGCAAUGAAUGUGCUGGAUUUAUGUUUGUGUAAUAAAGUCUU